UAAAAGACACAAGGCUCACUAUAUUGCAAAACCCCCUGGAGCAUCUCAAUCAUCUAAUCCUGGAAUCCUAUAAAGUUCCAUCCAGUCAGCUGUCGAUCGAUUUCAUGCAUUAUUUGCCACAUGAACUCUUGCGCCUGCGAGGUACCCCCGCCUCGCAGGAAUGGCCCUCCACUUUACCGAGGGCCGGCCUUAUUGAUGGGUUUUGGGACCCAGAGAGAUGGCAUGCGUCGAGGAAGAAUCUUUGGGGUUUUUUAGAAAAAGGUUUUUUAAAGGGGGGGAGGGAUAGGACGGGUGUGGGGGGUAACUCGUCGGGGACAGUUCCUGGGCUUGCUCACGGCGUUACUUUAUCGGUUCCGAAGGCAGGGGGGAGGGGUAUGUUCCUGGUUUAGAGGGUCGUUCCAUCUGUACGGUAAGUGGGAGAGGCAGGUAUGGCGGAAGCGAGGGGCCGCAUCUAUCUUUGGGAGCACGUGCUCGCUGUUUAAAAGCGAUCGCGUGCUCCGGCCCCUCAGACUUCACCCGUUCCCCGGGCAGCCAGGAUCCUCAGAGCUUGGGCCUCCGGUUGAUGUUAUGCAAUGCACGGUCCGUGGUUAACAAAGCCCCCCUGAUUUGUGAUCUUAUUCAGGGGGAGUCCGCGGACCUUAUGGGCAUUACGGAGACCUGGUUGGGCACGGAAGGGGGUGUUCCCCUUGUUGAGCUGUGCCCCCCGGGUUUCCGAGCAUUCCAUCAACCGAGGGCCCAAGGUAGGGGUGGGGGGUGGCGGUUGUUAUUAGGGAAAGUCUACAGCCGAGGGAGUCCACUGUGCCUCAGAUAGCCGGUUGUGAAUCCCUCUUUGUGAGGUGGGGCCAUAGAGGUCAGAUGGGCUUGUUGAUCACGUACCUGGCUCCUUGCUGCGUGACUACAGUCCUGCCCGAGCUGUUGGAGGUACUGGCCGGGGUGGUGAUUGAGACCCCCAGACUUAUGGUCAUGGGGGAUUUCAACUUGCCAUCGACCGGCUUGUCCUCAACGGCGGCUCGGGAGUUCCAGGCCUCCAUGACGGCCUUGGACCUGAUCCAAGUAGUUGAUGGCCCUACGCACAUUGGGGGAGGCACGCUGGACCUGAUUUAUAUCUCUGGACAGUGGUUAAAUGAUCUGGAGUUAGGAGAUUUAGUAACAGAGCCUUUGUCAUGGUCAGAUCAUUGUCUCCUUCGCUUGGACUUUUGGACCGCUACCCACCACCGCAGGGAGAUGGAACCAAUACGAUGGUUCCGUCCCAGGUGCCUGAUGGACCCGGAGAGGUUCCUGACGGAGCUUGGCCGUUCCCUGAGGAUCUGGCCCACGGCACGGCUAAAGAACUAGUUGCGGCCUGGGAACAGGCCGCAGCUGGGGAUUUAGACCGGGUCGUGCCUUUGUGGCCUCUGACCCGGCGUAGAUCUCAACCAGCCCCUUGCUUCUCCAAGGAGCUGAGAGAGAUGAAACGCCGGAGAAGACGCCUAGAGAGUGCCUGGAGAUCAGCCGUUCCGAAGCUGAUCGGACACUAGUUAAGUCUUAUUCUAAGACUUACCUAGUGGCACUGAGGGAAGCAAAGCGUUCCUACGCUUCCUCCCUCAUUGCGUCGGCAGAUAACCGCCCGGCCGCCCUGUUUUGGGUGACCCACUCUCUCCUUCAUCAAGAGGUGCGGGAUGACCCCUUACAGGGACGGGCCGAGGAGUUUAGUGGUUAUCUAUACGAUAAAAUCGUUCAGCUUUGGGAUGGUCUGGAUCAAAAUUGGGAUGAUCCAGGUGAGAGGGCGGAGACUCGUCUUGUUGAGAUUAUUUGGGAUGAGUUUGACCCUGUGGCUCUCGAGGACGUGGACAGGUUGUUGGGGAGGUUACAUGCCACCACAUGUUUACUGGACCCGUGCCCCUUCUGGCUGGUGCUGGCCACACAGGAGGUGACACGAGGCUGGCUCCAGGGGAUUAUCAAUGCUUCUCUGUUGGAAGGGGUUUUCCCUGCCGCCUUGAAAGAGGCGGUGCUGAGGCCCCUCCUCAAGAAGCCUUCCCUGGACCCAGCUGUUUUGGGAAAUUACCAUCUGGUCUCCAACCUUCGCUUUGUCGCGAAGGUUGUUGAGAGUGUGGUGGCACGUCAACUACCCCAAUACCUGGAUGAAGCUGUCUAUCUAGACCCGUUCCAGUCCGGCUUCCGACCCGGCUAUAGCACGGAGACGGCUUUGGUCGCGUUGGUGGAUGAUCUCUGGAGGGACAGGGACAGGGGUUGUUCCUCUGCCCUGGUCCUAUUACAUCUCUCAGCGGCUUUUGAUACCAUCGACCAUGGUAUCUUGCUGCACCGGUUGGAGGGUUUGGGAGUGGGAGGCACCGUUUAUCGGUGGUUCUCCUCCUAUCUCUCUGACCGGUCGCAGAUGGUGUUGACAGGGGGGCUGAGAUCGACCACGAGGCGCCUCACUUGUGGGGUGCCGCAGGGGUCGAUUCUCUCGCCUCUCCUGUUCAACAUCUAUAUGAAGCCGCUGGGUGAGAUCAUCUGUAUGUACGCUGACGAUACGCAGCUGUACUUUUCCACCCCAGGCCACCCCAACGAAGCUAUCGAAGUGCUGUCCCGGUGCCUGGAAGCCGUACGGGUCUGGAUGGGGAGAAACAGGCUCAAGCUCAAUCCCUCCAAGACGGAGUGGCUGUGGAUGCCGGCACCCCGGUACAGGCAGCUGCAGUUGCAGCUGACUGUUGGGGGUGAAACAUUGGCCCCAGUGGAAAGGGUGCGCAACUUGAGCAUCCUCCUGGAUGAAUGGCUGUCGUUUGAAGAUCACUUGGCGGCCGUCUCCAGGAGAGCUUUUCAUCAGGUUCGCCUGAUUCGCCAGUUGCGCCCCUUCCUUGACCGGGAUGCCCUAUGCACGGUCACUCACGCUCUUGUCACCUCCCGUCUGGAUUAUUGCAAUGCUCUCUACAUGGGGCUCCCCUUGAAGAACAUCCGGAGGCUGCAGUUAGUUCAGAAUGCGGCUGCAUGGGUGAUAGAGGGAGCCACACGUGGCUCCCAUGUAACACCACUCCUGCGCAGAUUGCACUGGCUACCUGUGGUCUUCCGGGUGCACUUCAAGGUGUUGGUUACUACCUUUAAAGCGCUCCAUGGCUUAGGGCCAGGGUACUUACGGGACCGCCUUCUGCUACCGAAUACCUCCCACUGACCCAUACGCUCACACAGAGAGGGGCGGCAGCCGCGCGGGUGAUUGAGGGAGCGGCUCGAAGCUCCCAUAUAACACCUAUCCUUUGGAGGCUGCAUUGGCUUCCGGUUGCCUUCCGGGUGCAAUUCAAGAUGUUGGUUAUCACCUUUAAAGUGCUCCAUGGCUUAGGACCGGGUUACUUACGGGACCGCCUGCUGCUACCGGUGGCCUCCCAUCGACCAGUGCGCUCCCACAGAGAGGGUCUCCUCAGGGUGCCGUCGGCCAGACAAUGUCGACUGGCGGCCCCCAGGGGAAGGUCCUUCUCUGUGGGAGCUCCUACCCUCUGGAACGAACUUCCCCCUGGAUUACGUCAACUGCCUGACCUUCAGACCUUCCGCCGCGAGCUGUAGACCUAUUUGUUUAUUCGCGCGGGACUGGCUUCGUGAUUUUUAAAUUUUAUAAUUUUUAUAAAUUUUAGAGAGUUUAAUUUUAAUGGUAUAUUGUUUUUAAAUUUUAGCCAAUAUAUAAUAAGUUUUUUAAUCUUUGUUUUAUUUGUAUAUUGUUCUAUUUUUAUUAUGGCUGUGAACCGCCCUGAGUCCUUCGGGAGAAGGGCGGUAUAAAAAUCUAAUAAAUAAAUAAAUAAAUAAAAUCCAGCCAUUUUGUCAGCCACUCCAGAAACAUGCUGCUGUCACUGAUGUUUCUGGCGUCCAAAUAAACAGAGACGUUCUUUCCAACUAGCCAGCCUCCAUUUUAUUUCCAGCAUCUUUCUCCCAGGUUGGAACUGGACCAGAUUUUUCUUCCUACAAUGCUGUCUAAGGAAUUCUGGGACUUGAAGUCCAGAAAAUUCAAAGUAGCUGAGAUUGAGAAAAUUGAUAUCCAGGAUCCACUUGAAUCCUUACAUUCCAUGAUGCUAUCAUUGGCUCAGUAGCUGAGAUUUCCUUUGUGUGAGAAUUGGAGUUAUCCUUAGUUUAGUGAUGUCAUUUCCAGAGGUCUUGAAUUCUCUGGAUCCUCUCGCUUACAGGGUCUGGAGGCUAAAACAUAUGAAGAAUGGUUGCAGGAACUGGGUAUGUCUAGUUUAAUAAAAAGAAGGACUAGGGGAGACAUGAUAGCAGUGUUCCAGUAUCUCAGGGGUUGCCACAAAGAAGAGGGAGUCGGGCUGUUCUCCAAAGCACCUGAGGGUAGAACAAGAAGCAAUGGGUGGAAACUGAUCAAAGAAAGAAGCAACUUAGAACUAAGGAGAAAUUUCCUGACAGUUAGAACAAUUAAUAAGUGGAACGACUUGCCUGCAGAAGUUGUGAAUGCUCCAACACUGGAAAUUUUUAAGAAAAUGUUGGAUAACCAUCUGACUGAGAUGGUGUAGGGUUUCCUGCCUGGGCAGGGGGUUGGACUAGAAGGCCUCCAAGGUCCCUUCCAACUCUGUUGUUAUAUAUAUAUAUAAAUGCAUUUUUUCUCCCACAAGGAACAUUCUUAGUAAUAUGUUUGAUUUUUAAAAAAGUCAAGGAGGAGGGAGAACUGGAAGAGUUUACAGAUAGUUCUUGAGCUCCAUAUGGAAGCUUCUGCUUCCAAAUGUGCAAAAUUCAGAUUUAAAACUACUUGAUACGGCUGGUGGUAAUGAGGAAGCAACUGCAUGCUGGCUGGGGAAUUCUGGGAGUUGAAGUCCACAUCUCUUAAAUCUGAUAAAAUUGAGAAGUUCAGUGAUCUAGACAGAAUUUAGAUGUUUUGUUCAGGUUGCAUUUGAUUGAAUUUAGAUGUUUUAGACUAGGGAUUCCCAAUCUUGGCCACUUUAAAAUGUAAGGACAUCAAUUCCUGGCUGGGGAAUUCUGGGAGUUGAACUCCACAUGUGGCUAAGAUUGGGAACCCCUACUUUAAGUGCCUAAUAAUUAUUAAGAAUUCCCAUGACCCUUUUGAAAACAGUGGCAUUUCCACAUCAUGAUUGGGGGGAGGGAUUUAAACUAAUUACAAAAUGUGUUUUUCACCCAGCAUUACAGCUGAUGAAUGUUGCUGCACUUUGAAAUCUCGUUUUUAUUUUUUUAUUUUUAUUCAUACACAUUUUUGAAAAAUAGUCCCUUGUCAAGAUAACAUUUACAAAUAGGGCAAAACCAAAGAAAAAUUGAUAGUAAAUCUUAACACACAAGCUAAUAACAAUAAUAUAAUAACAAUAUUUAUAAUAGUAUAAUCAAAAAACCUUAAACUAAAUUUCUUCUUGCAUUAGCUUAUUUACAUUUUUAUCCCUUAAUAUAGUUAUAUAUCUUUAUUUUCCAUACUAGCAAAUAUUAACAUUCAUAAUCUUACUUACUCUCAUUUCUACCUCCUGUCUCUAUCCAUUCAUAAAAUUUAUUCCAUGUCUGAUAAUAUUCUGAGUCUUCUUUACUUUUAAUUUUUAAAGUUAGCCUGUCCAUUUCAGCACAAUCCCAAAUUUUCCUAAUUAUAUUCUUGUCCGGUGGCAUGUUCACAUUUUUCCAAUAUUUAGCAUAUAUAAUCUUGCUGCUGUCAGUAUAUGUAACACUACAUAUGUGGUUGUUUUAUCAUAACUUUCUGAUAGUAUACCUAAAAGGCAUGUUUCUGGUAUAAACUCAAUAUUUUGCUCAGUUAUCAUUUCCAACCAGUUAUGUAUUUUUCUCCAGUAUUUUCUUGCUUUACUACACAUCCACCACAUGUAGUAGUAGGUGCCUGGAGCCCGGUUGCAUUUCCAGCAAACGAAAUCUCAUUUUUAUGCCGCUUCUGGAAUUCACAAUCUGUUCUUCUUUCCCAUGUAGGAUCAACCAUGCUGAGAACCAAGUCCAUCUUGGCUGCCUUCACCCUACAAUUUCUCUUUCUCUUCCUUUUCUUGACCGGAGUCUCUCCCUAUUGCCACAUCGGUACAGUGGAUGAAUGCGAUGAGCAAAAGGACUUUGUGCCUGGCUACAGCAUCGCUGGAGAAGGGUUUGAUAUCACCACGCUGGAGAAGAAGGCCCAGGUGUUGGAUUUGAGUCAGUGGCAGAAAGCUGAUGGUACUUGCACCCUAUGCCGUAAUCCUUUCCUGCAGGAUAGGCCUCUUCAGAGACUUCCCUUGGUGGCCGCUGACUGGGCAGCCAAAGUGAGUUGUCAGAGGAAGGUUCACACUUCCCUACAAAGCUCGGGCAUCGAUGUGCUUCAUGCCGCAGCAUCUGAUGUGAAGAAUGAUUGGAAAGUUGGACUGGACGUACAGCCAAAACCCGAGCAACAGGUCCAGAUGACUUUGGCUGGAACUCACUCCACAGUGGCAGACUUCACUAUGCAGAAGAAUAACCAAGACAAGUACACUUUUGCAAGUCAUGAGAUUUCCUGCUCUUAUUACAGCUUCCGUAUCAACCAGUACAUUCUCUUCAGCCAUUUCAAGCGCUCCCUUCACAGUCUCCCUAACAAGUACCGAUCCAACUCCCUUCCGGAAUAUCGGCAGCUCAUUGGCACCUAUGGGACCCACUUUAUUGAGCAUCUGCACUUGGGGGGCCGCGUGAGGGAUGUGACAGCAUUGCGGGUCUGCGAGACAGCUUUGGACGGUGCGUCUGCUGAUGAAGUGAAAGACUGCCUAACACUCGAGGCCUCGGCCAACAUUGGGGGUGGCAAAGGAAGCCUCAGUGCAGCCUACAACACAUGUGAAGAGCUGAAGAAGAAGAAGACUUUCAAAGGAAGCUUCCACCAGACCUACAACGAGAGACACACUGAGGUAGUCGGAGGGGACCAACAUACUGACUUGCUCUUUUCAAAUGAGCAGAACCUUGAAGGUUAUAAGCAGUGGCUGGAAAGCCUCAAAUCUGUCCCUGCGCUCCUUUCUUAUUCCCUGAAGCCCAUUCAUAGUUUGCUGCCUAAGGGUCACCCAAAGCGGGACAGUUUGCAGCAGGCAGUGAGUGAAUACAUCAGAGAAAGGGCCCUUUGGAGAAACUGCAGCCAGCCUUGUCCUCACGGCUCCCAACGCAGCCUCCGAGAUCCCUGCUCCUGCGUAUGUCCCAGUGACGGCACCACUAACUCCAUGUGCUGCUCUCGGGAGCGAGGCCAGAGCAAGCUAACGGUGACAAUUCAACGUGCCUAUGAUCUCUGGGGAGACUACUCCACAAAAACGGAUGCUUAUGUCAAGGUAUUUUUCCAUGGGGUUGAGAGCCGGACAUCCACUGUGUGGAAUAAUGAUAACCCGGUAUGGAUGGCCCACUUGGAUCUGGGGAAGGUCCAGGGCUUGGGAGAAGCCAGUAGGCUCCGAAUACAAGUUUGGGAUGAAGACAACCGUUAUGAUGAUGAUCUGCUGGGGACAUGUGACCGAACUCCCAGAUCUGGGAAACCUCAUAUCGAGGUGUGUUACUUAAACCAUGGACGCCUUGAAUUUCAAUAUAAUUUGGAAUGUGGCCCCUUCUUAGGAGGGCCCUACUGCUUGGAGUAUGUCCCUCAGCAGCCACACAGGGUUGCUUUGUUACAACGUGGAGCAAAGUGAACCCGUGCUAGAAAGAGGCUGCUUAAGGGGGUUAAAAGGCUGCAAGUAGUCCUUAACUUACAACCACAAACUGAGCCAAAAAUUCCCGUCGCCGAGUAGUUAAGUGAGUUUUGCUCCCAUAGAUAGCCUUUCUUGUCACAGUUGUUAAGCAAAUCUCUGCAGUUGUAAAGUGAAUCAUGGGAUCAUUAAGCGAAUCUGGCUCCCGCCACCUCCCGCUGGACUUUGCUUGUCAGAAGCCCGCUGGGAAAGUCACAAAUGAACCUGGGACGCUGCAACAAUCAUAAAAUUAUGCCACUUGUCAGGUGCCCAAAUUUUGAUCCUCUAACUGUGGGAUGCUGCAAUGGUCAUAAGUGUCUUUUUUCACUGCCAUUGUAAUUUUGAACAGUCAUUAAAUGAAUGGUUGUAAGUCGAGGACUACCUGUAUUCGUGCUCCUGCUUAUUUUUAAAGCCUGCCCUGGGUUUCUUUAUAUAACUUCUUGUUUAAUUACCUUAGCUCGCUGGGGAAUUCUGGGAAUUAAAGUCCACAUGUUUUGAAGUCACCAAGUUUGAGCUAUACUACUGUAAAUCUAUGUACAAAAGCUAAAUCAGAGAACAGAAAACAGAACACAUUGCUUAUGUCAGGGGUGGGUUUCUGCAUGCACAGAAGCGUCUGGGCGGGUGGGCAGAGCCUCACACUGCUGCCGCUACAGGUUUGCCCUAUCCGGGGCAAAUCUGUAGCAACCCACCACUGGUUUAUGUACCAUGCAAACAAAACUGAUCCUAGAGACAAUGUUGAAUGCUUUUUCGCAUGUAGAAAGAGAGGUCUUCCAGAUUGUCCUGUAUACAUGAUGGAGAAUGGAAAUAAUUUUUGUUGUGGUCUCAAUCAAAUCAGCCUGCAAUAUUAGAAUUAUGCAAUUCUUGGAAAAGGUGCUUCCAACGGAGCACAAGACAUACAUAGUUGCUAGGAAUGCUUUUCAAAUUUCAUCUUCAUUCACAAUAUUCCUUUUCAUUGCCCUCCUACUUAUUUUCCUAUCUCUCCUAUGUAAUUUAAAAAAAAUCACAUUUGGAAAAACUAAAUCUUCUGGCAAAAGCUCAGUAUGAAAUAACUUAUCACUCCAUAAAUAAGCCACGUACCAUCACACAAAUACAUCAUACAGGCUAAUAUUGUAUUUUGAGUUAGAUGAACCUAUUAAUUAACUUUUUACCAAUGGCUUUCCACUCAUCUUUGGAUACCAGGCAUUCAAAUUUCACACCUAUUGUCUCCCUAUAAUCUGAGACAUCUAAUUUUGUAACUAGCUAUUAGAGGCAUAUUUGAUAUCUUAUUGCUAGGAGAAUAUACAUAGGCCUCACUUAAUGUUAAGAGGUAUUUUUUAUGGCUUCCUUGUGCUUUGGCCAAAAUGAAAUACUGCUUGGAAUUGCGAGUCCUCAAACAAAAUAAUUUGUAACUUGAUCCAGUUAACUGAUCUAGAAAAUAUACUUUAUAAAUUCAUCUUUAUAAUGAGUUUGUAGUUGUAUUCUAAAGCGCACAUCACAGGAAGGGAAUAUUUGAACUUUUCAAGGUGGUUGCACCCUUGUAUUAUACAAUUUAUAAAGAAUGGAAAAUACAAGAUAACCCAUGAAAAUUAAAUUUUAACAGGCAAAACUUAUCCUGGAUUGAUUUGAAAAGUGUGCUUUAAGUCAGAAACUUAAACACGAAACAACAAAUAUAGCUUUUGCAAUUAAAAAAAAAGGAGCAAGGGAAAUAAUUUUCCCAAGUAAACUACCAAAAUAAUACAUUUAAUCUCUGCAAACAAAUUUUAAGAAUCUUCAAAAAUACCAUAUCAAGAUUAAACUGUACAACAUGUAUGUUUAAAACUUUAAAUGCAGCUGAGAGGUGUUUUUUUUAUUUUUUAAAAAAGGUCUAUCUCAUUUUGCAUCAGAUAUUUGACCCCUUUUGGGCACAAUUUGAAAAAGAUGGGAAAUAAAGAGGUAUAGAUUGGCAGUAUGAAUGAAUUUGAAAUAGAAUCGUGUAAAGAUGAAGAAACAUGUAAUUGCAAGAAUUUAUAUAAAUUGCUGUUAAAUUAUGACACAGAAGCCGAACAAGUUAAAGAAUGUAAUGCUACAUUGAUGCUAAAUUCUUGGCACGAUAGGGGCAUGGUAUUUGGGGGGGGGGGCGAACAUGGGUAAAAUAUUUUUACUUUGCAAUAAUUGAAGAGGAAAAUGUUGCAAAAUGAUGGCAUUUGACACCUCUGAAAGUAACUACCAAAAUAUAUAAGAGCAUUUUGAGUAAUUGUUGGAAAUGCAGAUGGAACCUAUGAUCAUAUAAGAUGGACUUGUGAAGACACCAAAAGAUUUUGGUUGGUGAUCCACAGAUCGUGGGUCAAAAUUAUAGGAAUCCCUUUUUAGAUAAAACCAGAAUUGUUCUUAUUAGAACUGAAUAGAAAGAACAGUGACUUAUUGUUGUGUAAGACUACCAUGAUUAUUAUUUGUGUAGAUAUGGAAAAAAUAAAGAAGUUCGAAAUAUUGAAUAUUGGAUAUUUAAAGUUAUGGCCCUUGGCAGAGAUGGCAGAACUGGUAUGUCCAAUAAGAGAUAAAUUUACAGAAGAUUUUAUUAAAGACUGGAGACCAUUUAUGGAUUAUAUUACAAAAUUGGAGAAAAAUACCUUGAUGAUCAUGGGUUUAUAGAUGAAUAAGGGGAGAAUACUGAGAAUGUAAAAUGGUGAUUAAAACAAUAAGAAAGGGUUAAUGGAUCCAUGAGAAAAGUGAAGGCUUGAGUUAGACUGUAGAUCUAAGUUACAUAUUUAGUUUUAUAUUUGCAGGUUUAAUUUUCUAUACUAUGUUCUAUAUUGUUUUUAAUGUUUAUUGUAUAUGUAGAAUUUCAAUAAAGUUUUUUUAAAAAGCCUUUUUGAAUUCCUACAUCAGCAGUGUGCUUAUGCAGGGCACUCAAAAACUGCAGAAUAGGCUAAAUUUAAUCUAGGUCACUGGUGGUCUUAAACAUCCAUUUCUUGUCUUUUUACAUUUAGGUGUGGUCUCAAGAUACCUGCAAAAGCUGUUACCCUAUGGUUAUUUUUAAUGUGACAGAAAUAUGAGAAUUACUAAAUCAUCAGAGUAUUUAGCUUCCUUUAAUUUUGUAUUGUAUUGAUUUAAUUUUAAUGCAAGUUAAUUACAAUCAUAUUUAUUUUUCCGGCUUUCCCCAUUAUUUUUAAAAUCAUGGCUACACAUCCAUCAAUCAGAAUGGAGGUGGAAGGGAUCUUGGAGGUCUUCUAGUCCAACCUCCUGCUCAUGCUGAAGAUCCUAUACCAUUUCAGAUUGGUGGUUGUCCAGUCUCUUCUUAAGACUCCAGUGAUGAAGCACCUACAACUUCUGAAGGCAAGUUGUUACAUUGGUUAAUUGUCCUCACUCUUAGGAAGUUUCUGCUGAAUUUCUUGUCCUGCCUUCUGGUGUUUUGGAAAAUAAGUUGACCUCUUUUUUUUGUGGCAGCCCCUCAAAUACUAGAAUACUGCUAUCAUGUCACCCCUAGUCCUUCUUUUCUCUAGUCUGGCCAUACCCAAAUCCUGCAACUGUUCUUCAUAGGUUUUAGUCUCCAAGCUUUUAAUCACCUUAAUUGCGCUUCUCUGUACUAUUCCCAAACUCUCAGCAUUUUUUUUUUGUAAUGUAACUUAGAGAGAGAGGGAGGGAGGGAGGGAGGGAAGGAGGAUGGAAGGGAUUAUGCAAAAUAAGAACAUGAAAAGAUGGGUAUAAAAUCAUUCGGUUUUGCAAAUGGGGAAGGAAGCAUGGCAGAAACCUGCAUUUCAUGUGUGAGAAUUUAAAAUUAAUUCAGUCAGACUGAGGAAAAAAAUGAGAGUUUUUUUGCUGAGAGUUUGGGAAUAGUACAGAGAAGCGCAAUUAAGGUGAUUAAAAGCUUGAAGACUAAAACCUAUGAAGAACAGUUGCUCUUAACAUUUAGCAGUGCUUACUCAAAUUUUCCUGCAGAAUUGCCUUGGGUAGUGGGAACCAAAUGACAAGACGGUGACUUCCCAGAGAUUGCCAUCUUUCUUUGAUGUCAGCCUCCAUUAAUAAAUCAUACUAACCAGGUCACACAACUGCUUGAAGGACAACAAUCAGAACCACCUCGCAGAUACAGGAUGAUUACACGCAUCCAGGCCUUUCUGAACAUUAAGCACAGGGGGACAUUAAAUGAGCGAGGUAAAGUACAAUUUAUUUGAAAUUACUGUUAUCAGUGCCUCUUUUACAAGCAUCAAAUGGAAACCAAAAAGCCCA